AUGGUUUGCAAUGGUUGUAAUUUAGGCAGGGUUACUGUCAUCGGUGCUGGUGUGAUUGGGUUGACUACAGCGCUCUUGCUUCAGCAAAGGGGUUACGAGGUAACGAUAAUAGCGGAUCAUUUUCCUGGCGAUAAGGACAUCCAAUAUACGUCGCCUGUAGCAGGCGCUCGAUGGAGAACACUGGCACCAAACUCUGAUUUACGUUUGCAGCGAUACGACCGUGUUUCAUUCAAUUUCUUUUGGCAACUGGCUAAAACGCAUGCGGCUGAAGCAGGUAUCAUGGUGGUAUCUGCUUACGAUUACUAUCAAGAUAGCAGUCAAGAUGUGGUGAAUCCAUGGUGGAAAUCAUUGGUACCUACUUUCCAGAAAAUAGACGAAAAAGAAUUGCCUGAUCACAUUUCGGCUGGUUACCAUUACACCACAGUGUUGAUCAACCCUUUGGUAUAUCUUCCUUGGCUCUUGAAACAAUAUCUUGCUAUGGGCGGCAAACACAAGAGGCAAAAAAUUGACCGGAUUUCAGAUGUUAUAUCUGAUGAGGUGGACAUUGUAGUCAAUUGUACGGGUGUCAGGGCAAAGGAUUUAGCAGGAGUGAUGGAUGCAGCCAUAAUGCCCACACGUGGUCAAAAUGUCAUCAUCAAAGCACCACAUAUAAGAAGGACUAUCUCCAUGUUGAAGCGCGAUAGUUAUACGUAUGUGAUACCUCGUUGCGAUGGCACUGUUGUAUUAGGCACAACCAAGGACACUAAUUCCACUGAUCCAAAUAUUGACCCACACACGACAAACGAUAUCCUUCAGAGAGCAAUUGAAUGUUGUCCAGAUCUGAGCCUACUACAUAAAGGAGUCAAUGAUCUGGAUGUCGUUGAAAACGUCGUAGGAAUAAGACCUGUCAGACAAGGUGGCCCACGAGUACAAAAUGAACAUUAUAAGCUACAAUCAGGCAAAGAGGUGCUGAUCACACACAAUUAUGGCCAUGGCGGUUCAGGAUAUCAAUCAAGCUGGGGCACAGCUCAAGAAGCUGUUCGCCUCAUUCAUCAGGGCCAUAAUGCAUUGAGAAACGAAUCAAAGCAGAUGCGAAAAUUGCUUUCUCGAUUGUGA